AGUGUGGUUAGGCUAGCAUUUUGUUCUCCCCAGCAGAUGUGCAUCUAGUUAUUCUGUGCUUUGACAGUUGAUUGGGAAAAGUUUGUUUCCAUGUACAAGAUCAGCAUGGAACAGUUUGAUCAACUUUCUGAUUGUGAGAUGCAGUUUCUUAUUCAGCAUGUCACGGGUCAAAGCUCAGAUAUGGAUGAAACUAUUUACAGGUCUGCAAAUGAUCCCAAUGGAAAUGCUCACCCAUUCUGGUCAGAUUCUCCAAAUUUGAACUUUAAGGAAGUGGAACGCUUUAGGAGGAAACUCAAGUAUUUCUUCAUGAACCCCUGUGAGAAGUACAAAGCUCGUGGGAGAAAGCCAUGGAAACUAAUUCUGCAAAUAAUCAAAGUUGUCAUCAUUACAGUUCAGCUGGUCUUAUUUGGACUCAGUAACGAGAUGGUUGUAACAUUCAGAGAGGAAAACCUGAUGACAUUCAAGCAUUUAUUCCUUAAAGAUUACACAGAUGGCACUGCACACACAUACGCACUGUACACAAAGCAAGACAUGUAUGACCACGUUGGAUAUGUCAUAGAACAGUUUACCAACCUCAAAAACAUUUCCGUGGGAAACCAUGCAUAUGAGAAGAUUGGUCUAUCCUACACCCCUCUCGUACUGUGCCAAGAGUCCUACAGAAAUGGAAGCAUCUCGCCAGGAAAUGAGACCUUUGACAUUGAUGCACAAGUGGACGUUGAGUGUGUGGAAAUCUUUCCAAUGGUCCCUUUUCACCAAACGCCUGGGAACCCAUUUCCAGCAAAUCUUACUUUAGAUUUCAAAAGACUGCUGGCUGUGAACAUUAACUUUACACUGAAAGCCAUCAAUCUGCAGACUGUCCAACAUCAUGAGUUGCCUGACUGCUAUGACUUCGAUAUACUGAUCACCUUCAACAACAGAGCCCACAGUGGCCGAAUCAAGGUGGAUUUGGAUCAUGAUGUUGAGAUCAAAGAAUGCAAAGACUGGAAUGUCACCGGCACAUCCCCAAGGAAUCUUGUCUACAUCCUUUUCUUUGAUACCAUCAUCAUUCUGAUGUGCCUCACAUCUCUGAUUCUCUGCUUGAGAUCAGUUUUCACUGGAAUAAAACUCCAGUCCGAGUAUACCCAGUUUUUCAGCACCUUUUAUAACAAAACUGUGCCCCGGUCUGACCAAAUGGAGUUUAUAAAUGGCUGGUACUGCCUCAUCAUUGUCAGCGACGCUCUGACCAUCAUCGGCUCCAUCAUAAAAAUUGAGAUCCAGAUAAAGGAUGUGACCACCUAUGACCUCUGCAGUAUUCUCCUGGGCACUGGCACCAUGCUUGUGUGGGUAGGGGUCCUGCGAUACAUGGGCUACUUUAGGAAAUACAACAUUCUCAUCAUAACUCUGAGAACAGCAUUCCCAAACGUGAUCCGGUUCUGCUGUUGCGCUGCCAUGAUCUACCUGGGUUAUUGCUUCUGCGGGUGGAUCGUGCUGGGGCCAUAUCAUGAAAAGUUCCGCUCCCUGAACACCGUUUCUGAGUGCCUGUUCUCCCUGAUCAAUGGCGACGACAUGUUCCCCACCUUCAAAGACAUGCAACAGAAGAGCUACCUGGUGUGGCUCUACAGCCGCGUGUACCUGUACACCUUUGUGUCCCUGUUCAUCUACAUGGUCCUCAGUCUGUUUAUCACCCUCAUCACAGACACCUACGAAACUAUUAAGCAUCAGCAGCAGGAAGGCAGUCUAGAGUCUGAGCUGCACGCCUUCAUAUCCGAGUGCAAAGACCUGCCCGACUCUGGCCAUUACCGCCUGGACCAAAAUCCUACCGUCUGUUUCCACUGUUGUCUCCCGCAGUGCAGCAGAUCUGAUGAUUAUCAAGAGAGACUGCAGAGUUAGUUGCUACCAGAAUGCAAUUGCACCACACGAGAAACGGCGGAGAAAUGUAAAAAAGUUGAAUUGUACUGAAAUCAACAUUACUGUACAGCUUUAUAAUCUGUAGUUGAAUGUGUUGCAUUAUAAUACAACAACAAUAAUAAUGUUGGUGAGCUAUUAUUGUCAUAUGUUGUAUGUAAGACCAAUGAAGUACUUUAGGCAAGAGGGUCUUAUUUGAUCUUUUUAACAUUUUGUGUCUGAAAAUGAAAUGUGGGACUUGCUUUAAAUAUACACAGUAAUAAUUAUGCACACUGAGCAAGUACACCAACAAAAUGUAGGCAAUAUGUUUACAGUACCUUUUACACACAUUCUGAUGCACUUUGGCACUUUUUCUAAGUAUUGUACCUGUCUGCAAUAGGUGGAGGAUGAGGUGAAGGACAGUUUUUAUGCACUGUGUUUUCUGUAAACCUGUAUAGAUAAUCUUGCUUAUGGGGUAAGGAGUCAUCACAAAAAUAUGAGUAAUAGCGUGGUCUUCUGUCUCUAAAGAUUAUAAAAUUAUAAAGAUUGUUAAAAUCGAUCAAUGUAUAAUGGUGCUUUGUUUAGAUUCUGAAGAGAAAUAAAUAUUGUGAUUUGU